GUGAAUACUUGCUUAAUUCACUUACUUCAUAGCAGAGGCGGGUCCGAAUCUAAUUAAUGUCGUCCGCCUCUCCGACUGGGCCUCAGGGUCAGAAUCGACCUAAACUCGCCUGUUCUCUCUGCGCUCGUCGUAAGGUGAAAUGCGACAAGGGCGAGCCGUGCUCUAACUGCCUCAAGGCGCAUGCUCAGUGCUUAUACGAGGCCCCUGCUCCACCUCGGCCACGGAAGAGGGCGGCUGAUGAAGAGCUUCUCGCACGAUUAGCUCGGUACGAGGAACUCAUGCGGAAGCACAAUAUCGAUUUCUCCUCACAUGCCCACUGCUGGAUCUCUUCAAACCAGAAGACUCAACCGAAGGUGAGCCAUCCGGCUGGCUCACGCACUGAAGUGGGCGGCGAAACUAGUGUUCAUUCUCAAGGAAGGCUCACUGAGAGCACAGAUGCUAAAAGAGAACAAUGUUUGUGGUCAAAUCUAAGGCCAGAGCUCAUGUAUCCCCCUAUCCAGAGCCUCAGACACAAGGAUGACCCCCUUCUGUAUCCUACUCCUUCCCUUGAAGAGGCUAUCUCUGAUACACAAAGCAUCCACGACGUCCAUCCCGAGCCAAAGCACAUCUAUCGGUUGUGGCAGAUCUUUGUAGAAAGGGUUCACCCAAUGACAAAGAUCGUUCAUGUCCCUACCCUGCAGCAGCGUAUCUUAGAUACUAGCUGCAAUUCCUACUGCGCUUCCAAACCACUGACGGCUAUAAUUUUUGCCAUCUAUACCAUUUCAAUCACCUCUAUCUCCGCGGGAGACUGUGAAACUUAUUUUGGCGUGGGAAAGGCCCUUCUUUUGAGACAAUACCGAACCGCAACUCUGCGUGCUCUGAUUGCAGCAGACUUCCUCACAACUAGUGACCUCGAAGUUCUACAAGCAUUGGUAUUGUUUCUCUUUUCUAACCCAGGAUGUGAUUUAGCAACCACCCUGUCCGGCGCCGCGCUCCGACUAGCCGAGAAGAUGGGUUUGCAUCAAGACACAUCUGACCCCAACAUAUCUUUCUUUGAAAAGGAGAUGCGCAUUCGUCUAUGGUGGCAGCUCUGCGGUCUCGGCGCUCGGUGCCGCAUUAGCUCUACCCCAGGAAUGAAGAAGCCACCACCCACUUCCGAGAUAGGCGACGUCCGCCUCCCACUCAACGUCAACGACGCGGAUCUGCACCCGGACAUGACUGAGCCUCCUCUGGAACACAACGGUCCCACAGAGAUGAUGUGUGUCCUGUUGAAAAUGGAAGCCUCCAACUGGCGCCGACAUUUUCCGACAGCCACCAAGCUCUUUGAAAGUGUGAUGCAGGGCUCGAUCAGGUCCAAGGAGGUAAUCGAACUGGAGUGCAAGGCGGUUGACGAGCUCAACGACAUAUACUGUCGGAAAUACUUUCAUAAUUCUGAUCCACACAUCCCACUUCAUAGCCUUACUCAUGCUAUUGCGAAACUCUCAAUCGCGCGCUUCAGGUUCAAAAUUCGUCAUCCUCGAGGGCGGCUCACCGCAGCUGACAACAAUGCCUAUUUUACACGUGAGGAAAGUGAUAUCCUAUUCGAAUCAUGCCUGACCUGGGUGCAAUGCAUGAUGGAUAUCAGGUUACGCAGCAAGUUCCCGUAUUAUUUAUUCACGCACCUCACGACAGACUCUUACAUGGAUGCCUAUAUCUACCUCCUGAGUGAGCUGCGGCGACGAUGCUCAGGGGACCGCGUAGCACUUGCUUGGCAACUGGUCGAAGAACUUUUCAAUGAACAUCCUGAGCUCAUUGAUGGUGACGACGAUUUCUAUGCUGCAUUUGGGGACUUGGUCUUGGAUGCAUGGGAACAUCACAGUCACGAGCUGAAAGAAAGCCCGGGAGGUCUAGGAUUCGUCACCAAGCCACGAUUUAUUGAACGACUCUAUCAUGAGAAGUCUUCUAGAGGUCGACCUCGUUAUAGUAAUCUGCCUUCUUUCUCGGAUUUACGUGAGCUUGGUGGGCUUGAACCGCAAGAUGAAAAUGAUAGCAAUUGGCUGUAUUGGGAGGAGUUUCUUCGGUUAUAGGCAGGAAUGUGCGGUGCGGUAGAAAUAUUGAUCAAUAAAUUUGAAACUAAUGAAUA